GGGCGUAUACCGCCUUCGCCAUGAUUACGGAAUUUUACGUAAUACUUCGUAGCUGUUCGUGAAUUGUCGUAAAUCAUGAAUCAUCACAACAACAACAACAGAAUAUUAGUAUUUAGUAACAAAUCUUAGUAUGGCUACUUUUGUGUUCUUAAAAAUACUUACGUCAAACGUUUAUAUAUUUUUUGUGUCGUUAUGUUUUGUGCUCAGAAUCAAAUCCACAUUUCUUAAUAUUGAAGAAUUACAAAAAUCUAAAUAUGGUGUAGACAUAUCUGCAGAACCAGUGCUUUUAGACAUGAACGAGCAGGAUAAGAAUGGUAACGUCAUGCAGAUUACUUCAAAACAUGGUCAACAUUAUCAAUGUGUCCUUCCUAUUGUCCACUUUGAAACAAAGAAAAACAAAACAGUUAAUGUCACAACGGAAGAAAUAAACAAACUGUUGGAGCCACUGAAUAACACUUGUAUCAUCCAGAUAAAUGGUUGGUGGUCAUACAAAGUAUGUAUUGGAAAAUCUGUUUGGCAAUAUCAUGAUGAAGGUCAUGAAAUCAAAGAUAAUAUUAGUCUCGGUCAUUUUUCUGGAAAUACUAAUUGGUCAAUAUUUACUGUAGAGGAAGAAAUGGAAGAUAGCCAAAGAUAUCACAGUCAUUUUUAUAGCAAUGGUACCGUUUGUGAUAUUACCGGAAACCCAAGAAAGACAGAAGUCAGGUUUUUCUGUGGUUCACAAGCUAAUGAUUUUAUAUCAAGAAUUGACGAGGACUCCACAUGUGAUUACAUCAUCAAUGUAUAUACAGACAAACUAUGUAGCCACUCCUUAUUCCGACCUCCAUCACCACCUAAGAAACACAGUAUAACAUGUUCACCUGCUCUUAGAGAAGAUCAGUACAAAAAGUACACAGAAGCUCAGAAUAAGAAGACAGAGAAAUCAAGAGCAGAAGGUGAACAAAAGGACAACAGCUGGACUUUGGAUAAUGAGGGUACUUUUAAAGAACAUGAUCGUGACCUCAAAAGAAAAACCAAAAUAAAGUCUGAAUUUGGUGAUUUUUCUAAGAUGAUGGAAAAUGUUGUUACUAAAUUAAUGGGAAGAAUUAAGCAGCAGAAACUGAGAGAAUUACCGCAAGAUGAAAAUAAUGGAGAAGAAAAUCCUGAUGAUGAUUAUGAUGAUAUUGAUGACAAUGUUGAUGAUAACGAUGAUGAUGAUGACAUUGAUAAUGAUAUUGGUAAAGAGUACAAGACCACACAGAUUUCUUCAAGAAUGAAGAGGCAGGCGAUGGAGGGAAAUAUGAAUGACUUGGUUGGGGAUGAUGAACCAGUUGAAGACACUGAUAGAGAUGAUGAUGUAGGAUGGGAUGGGGAUAAUAUAGAUGAUGAUAAUAUGGACAUUGAAGGAUCAUCUACUCCAUUCAAGAUGGAUGGAAUAUUCAAAAAUUUUAUUUCUAAAGUUAAAAAAGGGAAAAAGGGGAAUAAAGGUGAUCACUACGAAGAGCUAAUCGAUCAUCUGAAGCUGCAAUAUCGUUAUUUCAAGGGACAGCUUGAUGCUCUCAUAGAUAAUAUGAAGCAAAGGAUUAGGAGAUUACAGGAGACGAAUAUUGGUUCUAUGAAUCCAGCAGUAAAGGUUUUGAUCACCACAAUACAAAAGUCUAUCAAGCGACUAGAAAAUAAACAGAGAAUUGCCGAGGACGCAAUGGAGCGACUUACUGAUUUAUACGAUGCAUUUAUGGAAGAUGGAGAUUAUUUGAAAGCGAAUGAAGAACUUGCUGAUAUAAGAUCAACUUUGUUUGGUUUGGUCGACAACGUAAACCUAAAGUCUGAUCCUUUAGAACCUGAUGAUGAUACUCCUCCUGAUAUUAAUGAUAAUAAAGAAAGGUCGCAACCUUUCAAACCUUUAGAAGAGACUUUUGAAAGUGACAAAAAAACUCAGGGCAUUGAGAUGGAGAAACCCAACCUGGAUAAGGUUGUUUCGAAAUUAAAGAAAAUAAUGACACACGAAAAUAAUGAAGACAUGGAUCAAUUUGAAGACGACCGUAUUAGCGUUAGAGUUGCAAAGAUCAGGGAGAAGUCGGAAGAUUUGUACGACGAUAAAGAUCUUGACAAAUCAUUUCUUGGCGAUGAAGAUGAAAAUCAAUUGGACGAGAUAACUGAGAAUCAAGAAAUGAGAGAAGCAACUAAAAAGAUGGAGAGUAUCGUACGUAAACAACUCCAAGAUGCAGGGGUUAAACCUGAAGGGAAAAUUAAGGUGAAAAUAAUUACAUCAAAAGAAGCAUUACAACGUGUUGCUGGUGGAGAAGAUAAAUUUCAGAUUCUUACAUCGCAGGAAACAAACCAAUUCAGAGAUUUACUUUCUAAUCUGUUGGGUGGAACUCAAGAAUUAUUGAAAGAGAAAAAGAGACAAAAAAAUAUGGAAGAUAACUACAAUCUUGUUUGGAACCAAGGUGGUUUAGAAUCAGCAGAUGUGAAUGAUGAAAAACCGUCUUCAAUUGAACAAGAAGACGAAAAUAGGUGAGAAGAAACAGUGAAUUACCUUCAUGUUUCAUAUGCCAUUAAUUUGGAUCUGAAAUAGCAUCCACAAUGAAUCAAGGACGGCUGUUGUCCAAUACAAGGAUAGAAUAUCGUGUGAAUGAUUCGUUUGUAGAAAACAGCAUACAAACGGGACAAUUUUAUAUUUGAAUUAUCAAUUCAACACUUCACUGAACAACAGUAAAACAACUUCAUACAGCGUAAAUAUGGAAAAGUUAAGAAUAAUU